CCCACAAGUAUUUGCAGUGAAUCCUGCAAAGUGAAGGGUGUACUCUCAGUCCAGUAUCUAAUGAACCUAGACACAAAAACAAUGUCAAGUGAACAAGAAGAAGAAAAUUUCAGUUUCACUGAAAUCAAACUCCCAACGUACCAGAAACUCAUCAAUGGUAAUCACUUCCCAUCAAUCAUCACAUCAAAGAAAACAUUGAAUUUAUCUGAUUUCAUUAACACCAUCCAACAGCAAAAACCAUGGUUAGAAUCACUUGUACACAUGAAUGGAGCUCUUUUAUUAAGAGGGUUUCCUGUAUAUACAGCUUCUGAUUUUAAUCAAGUUGUUGAAGCUUUUGGGUAUGAUGAAUUACCUUAUGUUGGUGGUGCUGCUCCUAGAACUAAUAUUAUUGGGAGGGUUUUUACUGCUAAUGAGUCUCCCCCUGAUCAGAAAAUCCAUUUUCACCAUGAGAUGGCUCAGGUUCCUGAGUACCCAUCAAAACUGUUCUUUUAUUGUGAGGAAGAGCCUGGAGAUGGGGGAGAAACUCCAAUAGUUCUUAGCCAUGUUAUCUAUGAGAAGAUGAAAGUUAGAUUCCCGGAGUUUGUGGAGAAACUAGACAGGGAUGGUUUGAUAUAUACAAGGAUAUUGGGGUCUGAAGAUGAUCCUUCAUCACCUAUUGGACGCGGGUGGCAGUCUACGUUCUUAACUAAAGAUAAAAGAAUAGCCGAAGAAAGGGCUGCUCGAUUAGGUACGAAGUUGGAAUGGAUGGAGGAUGGUGUGAAAUCAGUCAUGGGACCAAUACCAGCUAUUAAAUAUGACAAAACAAGGGGCCGCAAGAUUUGGUUUAAUAGUAUGGUUGCUGCGUAUACAGGUUGGAAGGAUGGCCGCAAUGAUCCCGUGAAGGCAGUCACAUUUGGAGAUGGUACCCCUUUGCCAUCUGAUGUCAUACAUGAGUGUCUUAAACUCCUAGAGGAGGAAUGUGUUGCCAUUCCUUGGCAGAAGGGCGACGUUUUACUUGUUGAUAACUUGGCUGUUCUUCAUUCUCGAAGACAAUUCAAUCCUCCGCGCCGCAUACUAGCGUCACUCUGCAAGUAAUAUAGGUGCAUAUUCUCUUCCUUGUCUUAUUUUAAGUAUAGUUGUUCCGAUGGCAGAGUGUCUACAUGUUCCCUUUAGCUAUAUCAAGGAUCACUGUGCCAAGAGUACUUGAAACCCACCAACCUUAGCAGGAUGUUUUUCCUAGUUUACUCGUUCAGAAGUCUGCUUGAUAUCGACAUACUUGUUGUAUUAUUGUAAUAAUGGGGCUCUAUUUGCCCCAUAUGUAUUAUUGUAAUAAUGGCGUUUAGCAACUGAAAUAGGAUGUUGCUAAAUGGGGUUGUAACACGUUACAAAAGGGGGUGUAACAAAAUUUCGUAACGAACAUGUUGCCAUUACUAAUCUUGAGUCUCAACUGUUUUCU